CGUUGGUGCGAGGAACAGAGGAGGAGAGGCGGCUGGCGAGGAAGGAGACCAUGGCUUCGGCGGGUGUUUCUCCCGAAAGCAAUUGUAGUGAUAGUAGCGGACAUUUAGAAAGCCCCCUAGAGCAUUCCUUAUGUCAGCGUCAGGAGGUCGGUAGUUCGAGUUAAUACCUACAUUUUACAGGUGAUCGUAAUUAAUAACCUUUGUGUGCUGACUUGAAGUUUUUGCAAAGUUCUUUUUCCACAGCCACCGUGGGAGGUAGGUAGUGCAAGUAUUACCCCGUUUAAUGGAGGAGGACACAGCAUCACAAGAUGUCACAACUUGCCCAAGGUCCUGGGGCUGGUAGAAGCCAUAUUUACCACAGCCAUGGCUUUGGUGUCAGCAGACUCCCGAAUAGCCGAACUGCUCACGGAGCUCCAUCAACUGAUCAAACAAACGCAGGAAGAACGCUCCCGAAGUGAACAUAACCUGAUCAAUAUCCAGAAGACCCAUGAGCGAAUGCAGACAGAAAACAAAAUCUCUCCCUAUUACCGGACAAAGCUUCGAGGUCUCUAUACCACAGCCAAGGCAGAUGCAGAGGCAGAGUGCAAUAUACUGCGCAGAGCUCUGGAUAAGAUUGCUGAGAUCAAGACUCUGUUAGAAGAAAGGCGCAUUGCGGCUAAAAUCGCAGGAUUGUACAAUGAUUCAGAACCUCCACGGAAAACCAUGCGCCGAGGGGUGCUGAUGACUUUGUUGCAACAGUCAGCCAUGACAUUGCCCCUGUGGAUUGGGAAGCCUGGGGACAAGCCACCACCCCUGUGUGGGGCCAUUCCGGCUUCAGGGGACUACGUAGCCAAACCAGGUGAUAAGGUGGCUGCUCGAGUGAAAGCUGUGGAUGGGGAUGAGCAGUGGAUUCUGGCAGAAGUGGUCAGUUAUAGUCAUGCCACCAACAAAUACGAGGUGGAUGACAUUGAUGAGGAAGGCAAAGAGCGACACACAUUGAGCCGAAGACGUAUCAUCCCACUACCGCAGUGGAAGGCCAAUCCUGAGACAGACCCUGAAGCUUUAUUCCAGAAGGAUCAGCUUGUUCUGGCAUUAUACCCCCAAACCACCUGUUUCUACCGGGCUUUGAUUCACACUCCCCCACAACGGCCCCAGGAAGACUACUCUGUCCUGUUUGAAGACACCUCCUAUGCAGAUGGCUACUCUCCUCCCCUCAAUGUGGCCCAGAGGUAUGUUGUGGCCUGCAAGGAACCCAAGAAGAAGUGAGGUUCGGUUCGGCUGAAUCACGGACUGCUUUUCCCUUGCCUUUGUUUACCUGACUCUUCUGCCGUGCCCUUUGAAGGGGGGAAUUAAUGUAUCAUUCUCUGCAGACAAAUAAAUAUACAGCCCUGUCCCCCACAUCAUCUGUUUCUAGGGCCUAAUUUCCUCUGACUUCAGUCCAUUCUCCAAGUGAGAACUGGGAGCUGUGUGUCCUCCUUUGGUUCUAAGGGUGACUUGUGAACUAGGGUGUAAAUCAUUUUAUUUUUUAGACUGAGACAAUGUUUACAAGAGCUGAGCAAAAUAAACUCUUUAUAACACUAA